UGCCGUAAUUUUGAUCGACUUUCUCUAAUUACGCGAAACGCUGCAUAAUAUCAAACUGAGGCGGGAAAGUCAAAAUCAUGGAGUGCACGUUCCAGUCUCUUCCCUUCCUGUUUCCAGAGAGCCAGAGACCUGUUCUCCUGGCCUGGAGAGAGGCGGCAGUCCAGAGAGAGAUGAGACAGGCCCGCAGGAGACGUGAACAGCUGCAUCGGCUGAGACAACAGGUAGCUCUCCGCCUCCUCCAACAUCAGUCAAACCAGUUGAAACAGUCAAAUGAGAACCAGGUGCAACAGUCAAACCAGUCAGACCCGUCAAACAAGUCAAACCAGUCAAGGCAGUGGGACCUAUCAACCGAUUUUAACCAGGAGAGAGAGCCAGUGCAGCCAAACCCAUUGGACCAUAUGAACAGGGAUGACCAGUUGACACAUCACCACUCAGACCAGAGCCUGGAAAAUCAAGGACCACUGUACCAAGACCUUCCCAGUUCCACUGAGGUCCUCAGCGAGUCCAACUGGAGUACCCCAAUCUACUCCAAAUCACUACCCCAGAGUGAGGAUGGAGGUGAAGUGUUGGCUGGUCUAAAUGAACCUCUCUCUACACAAGACAUUGCCUUAAGAGACAGAGUCCACACUCAGAUGCAGUUGGCCCGUCUGAAGCUGCUGGGGGUAGUUCAACUGUCAGUGGGAGAGAGAAUGGCCUUCAUUUCUCACGACAGAGCACUUCGCACACAGAGGAGGGAGAGGGAAAAGGUGAGGAGAGGAGAGGGGGAGAAGGUGAGGAGAGAGGGAGAGAGGGGAGAAGUGUAUAUAGGGGACAGAGAAAAGAGUGGGAGAUGA